AUGACUAACGAAGAUUUUGGCACCAAGUUCAGCGAGCUAACGGCAUUGUUGGAGCGGGUGAGAAAGGCGGAAAAUAAAACGGAGGAUUUUCGUCGAUUUUUCACUUCGUGCGAGCAAGCUCUGCGUACCAAUACGAUACUGUACGGCUUCGGCCUGCUGGCCCAGGGAUAUAUUGGGGCACUCGGAUUGAGCCGCGAGAGUUACGAGGCGCGCCAACUUUUGUCCAACGAAACGGCCGGCGAUUUAGGCGAUCGAAUUGCGCAACUGGUGCGUGGACGAUGUCCCACCCAAGGUUCUCUAACCGUGAGCGAUGUGAACAACUAUCUGGAUGCUCUCACCAUUGAACUCGUGCUGGGGGAACUGCUGAAGCGUGGAUCGUCGACAGACCUCUGGAUCGUACGCAUUCUCUUCAAGGAUCUUCGUCUCGGUGUCGGUAACGGGCGCAUCCUGGAACUCUACCACCAGCAAGCUCCGCAGCUUUACGAGGCGUUCGGCGAUCUGGAGCAGCUGGUGCGAACAAUUGAGUCGCAGUCGAAGAGCGUCACAAGUUAUGCUCAGCCGAUGGCUCACGUGCGCCCGAUGCUCUGCAAGCGGACCGAUCUGCGGCUCGUUGGCGGACUACUGGAGCGUGCUACGUAUACGUACUGGGCGGAAACGAAGAUGGACGGUGAGCGGUUUCAGCUGCACAAGAUCGGUGCUAGCUUCCGCUACCUGUCCCGCAACGGCAUCGACUAUUCGGAACGAUUCGAUGGCACUCUGACGCCGCAGAUCGCACUACUGCUCGCCCCCACCGUCGACAGUGUGAUUUUGGACGGAGAGAUGAUGGUGUACGACCGGCGCAAACUGCGGUACCGAGACAAGUGCGAAAACACGGAUGUCAAAUCGUUGCGUCCCGAGUUCGUCGAUCUUCGGCCUUGCUUCUGCGUGUACGAUGUACUGAACCACAAUGGGCGCAACGUUGCUGAUCUGCCAUACGCGGAACGGGCCUGUCUGCUGGGUCUGAUUGUCCGCGAACAGGCAGGGUUUCUGGUGCGAUGCCACCGCGAACGGGUCCGCGACGCAGCGCACCUGGUAGAGCUACUGAACGGUGCAAUCGAUGCGUGUCACGAGGGUAUCGUGUUGAAGCGGGAAGACGCACCGUAUCAGCCGAACCACCGUGGUUGGCUGAAGCUGAAACCGGAUUACGUCGAAGGGCUGGUGGUGGACUUCGAUCUGCUGAUCGUCGGUGGGUUCUACGGGCAGCGCCGCCAGACGCAUGUUGUGAUCUCUGUCCUCGUGGGCGUGCUGGACGAUCGUCGAUCGACGAUCAGAGGGCCCGGAUGCCGUUUUCUUUCGAUCGCCACAGUACGGAUGGGUCUCUCGGUAUCACAAUGGAAUGAGCUGAAUCGCACACUGUCUCCACACUGGCGCAAAACGGAGCGAAGUGUCCAAUGUGGGCAAACGGUACCGGACGUUUGGAUCGACCCAAAAGACUCCGUCGUGCUGCAACUGCGUGGUUCCGAGCUGGUUCGUAGUAGGUCGUACGCGGCCGGCUAUACAGUACGAUUUCCGCGGAUCGUAUCCAUUCGGACAGAUCGACGGUACGACGAUGUGUGCACGGUCAGCGAGGUGGAAGCUUUGGCCCGCGAGGGCGGUAUCGUCUCCGGCUCCUUUGAUCCUGCGCGACAGGCUACGAAACUUGCCAAGCGCCAUGUGACCGUGGCGGAUCUUGGGGGCGCUCACCAUCAGCAGGAUCAGACAGUGCCAGCCACCAAACGUCGAAAGAGUCCGGUUCCUAUAUCACCACCGAAAACUCAAAGGCUCGAAGGUAAAGAAUUUUGCGUUAUGAGCACAUCUGCUGGGUUACCCGCGAUCACAGAGCUAGAGCGGAUGAUUCAACAACACGGAGGCAGGGCUGUAGCUAAUCCCGGCACUAAAACCUUCGCAAUCAUCGCCGGUGACCGCACGUACAAAGUACGACUGUAUAUCCAGGCAGCGCGGUGGGAUGUGGUAAGUGUGAAGUGGUUGCUGCGUGCGAUCGGUGAGGAAGCAGCAAGGCACGGGCGGCCGAUGGAACCAUUUCAACCUGCCGAUAUGUUGGCGACCACCGAGAAGACCCGUCUCCAGCUCGAACUGUUGUACGAUCGCUACGGAGAUUCUUACACCCAUCCCGUAACACCGACAUCCUUUACGCGUUUCCUGAAAGAGCUCGGUUCGGAAGUCGGCCCCCAGUGCCCCCUGCCGAUACUAAUCGAUCGUGAAAUAGUACGUGCUGAACGCUACUUGCUGGGUGCGACCAGAUUCAACACAUUGCGCCCUUUCCGAGGCUGCUCCGCGCGGUUGGUUUCCUCACCGUGCGAAGUCCUCGAAUCUGGAGAAGAGCAGAAAUGGAUCGCAACGCUGAGACGUUACAGAGCAGAACGGGAAAUGAUGCGCUUCGUUCGACACGGUGGACGCUGGCUGCGGGAUACAGACACCGGUCCAGUUUCACAUAUUUUCGUGGGAGAGAACUCUAAUCCUUUCCCUACAGGCACGCUGAGCGCUGGCGAGGACGACCGCACACCGGCAAAGAUUUUGCCAAUCGGAUGGAUUAACGAAACUCUCGAGACAAACCAACGAUUCGAAAGAUUCGCCGGGGGGAUGUAA